GUUUACUUCCCUAGUUUUCUCACCACAGCAGGCAAAGUUGUGAAUCAAGCUGGAGGUAUAACAGCAGAGACUACAGAGAGACUCAACCAGAGAGAAACAAGCUUCCAGAGACUACACACCAGACAGGACCCAGAGAGACCAGACAGAGAACAAAGAGAGACCUGAGUUAUGGAGACACAUCAGUGUGACACCUGUGGGAAGAGCCUUGCCUCAUCCAGGACCCUCAAGCAGCACAUGAUGAUCCACACUGAAAAGAAGCCCUACAGCUGUGACCUCUGUGGUCAAACCUUUAACCAGGCUCGCAGUUUCAGAGAGCACAUGACGAUCCACACAGGAGAGAAGCCCUACAGCUGUGACCUCUGUGGUCAAACCUUUAGCCAGGCUCGCAGUUUCAGAGAGCACAGCAGGAUCCACACUGGAGAGAUGCCCUACAGCUGUGACCUCUGUGGUAAAAACUUUAGACAUCUUGGCAGUUUAAAACGUCACAGCAGGAUCCACACAGGAGAGAAGCCCUACAGCUGUGACCUCUGUGAUAAAUCCUUUAACCAUUCUUGCAACUUAAAAGCUCACAGCAGGAUCCACACAGGAGAGAAGCCCUACAGCUGUGACAUCUGUGGUCAAACUUUUAGCCGGACUAACCAUUUAAAAUCUCACCGCAAGAUCCACACAGGAGAGAAGCCCUACAGCUGUGACCUCUGUGGGUAUAGUUGUACAACAAACGGCCAUCUGAAAAGCCACAUGUAUAUCCACUCUGGAGAAAAACGCUUCAGCUGUGACCUCUGUGGUAAAACCUUUAGUCACUCUGGCCAAUUAACAGUUCACAGAAGGAUCCACACUGGAGAGAAGCCCUACAGCUGUGACCUCUGUGGUAAAACCUUUACGCACUCUGGCCAAUUAACAGUUCACAGCAGGAUCCACACUGGAGAGAAGCCCUACAGCUGUGACCUCUGUGGGAAAACCUUUAGCCAGGCUAGCCAAUUAACAGUUCACAGCAGGAUCCACACUGGAGAGAUGCCCUACAGCUGUGACCUCUGUGGGAAAACCUUUAGCCGGGCAGAUACUCUCACUCUUCACAGCAGGACCCACACUGGAGAGAAGCCCUACAGCUGUGACCUCUGUGAUAAAACCUUUAGCCAGACUGGCAGUUUAAGGACUCACCGCAGUACCCACACUGGGGAGAAGCCCUACAGCUGUGACCUCUGUGAUAAAACCUUUAGCCAGGCUGGCAGUUUAAGGUCUCACCGCAGUACCCACACUGGGGAGAAGCCCUACAGCUGUGACCUCUGUGGUCAAACCUUUAGCCAGGCUGGAAGUUUAAGGUCUCACCGCAGUAUCCACACAGGGGAGAAGCCCUACAGCUGUGACCUCUGUGGGAAAACCUUUAGCCAGGCUGGCCAAUUAACAGUUCACAGCAGGAUCCACUCUGGACAGAUGCCCUAUAGCUGUGACCUCUGUGGGAAAACCUUUAGCCAGGCUGGUAAUCUCAGCCUUCACCGCAGGACCCACACUGGAGAGAAGCCCUACAGCUGCCCACACUGUGACUUUUCAUGUAAAACAAAUGGCAAUCUGAAGAGGCACCUGCGUAUCCACAAUAGAAAACAAACCAAAGCAGUGAAGUCUGGGGCCAAGAUGUCCCAGCAGUCACCCUUGCCUUGGGGAAUGUCCCUGUACUUAGUUGCUCUGGAUAAGAACUUCUGCUAAAAGUGACUAAAUGUAAACUACAAAUAACUACUGUUAGAGAAAUCAGUUUGUUUUGUUACGCGUUUCUGGAUUUUUAAAAUAUUUUUUGAUAUCGGCCGAUAUCGGAAUAUCGGAUUUUUAAAUCACCAAAUAUUUGUAUCGGUAUCUGCCUUAAAAAUCCUUUAUCGGUCGGGCUCUAGUAGAAUCCCGGUAAACGCUCUAUGGUGACUUAGGCCUACCAGGGUUCGAAUUAAGGGGGGGUUUUGCCCCCCUAAUUAAGACUUGGACCCCCCCAAAAGAGAUAAAAACAACAGGUUGGGGGUGUUGAUACAUUUAUAUAUCGUUCUUACCUGUAAUCGUAAAUAUUACUUUACGUCCUGAAGUUGACCCCCCCCCGAUUGUUAUUGUAUAAUUCGCACUCUGAGGCCUACAAUCAUGACACCUGGCUAAACCAUUGUGCAUGUAAGGACCUCUGUUAUGAAGUAAUGUCUCGAUGUUUGUGGUGGUAUUGUGGAAUCUUAUUCUUUACUGUAUUGUUAUUAAAUGAAGGUCUGAGUUCAGAAAAGCUUGUCUUUAUCUUUUGUUCUUGCAGCAAGGAGCAGUUCUAAAACUGAUCAGAUAACAAUAGAGUGAGCAGUCUGCAGUUGAGACCACAAGUUCUCCCCGGGCACCCAGCAGCCCCUGGAGGACAAUGUGGUACAACUCUACUAUCACAAUCGUGUGUGUGUGCGUGUGUGUGUGUGUGUG